AUGCAAAAGGACCCCCUCGAAGAUGCCAUUGUCAUGGAAGGCGUCUCCAAUGCGGGUCGACAGUCGGGUGAAGAAGCUGCCAAUGUCUUCCGGUCGGUAGACACGACAGGGCACAUGCCACACGUCGCGCACACCAAGCCGCCUCCCGACGAAGAGCUUGACGAGUUUGCCUAUGCGGAUACCAUUCUCCAGUUGCACCCCACUCGUGACCUGGACGAGAGCUUUGAGCAGGGAAGGACAGCAGAUCAACCUGCGCAGCGCGCGCGAAUGUCACUCUUGGAUGCCAUGUCCUUGACGAUCGGACUGCAGGUGCAGGGCAGUGGCAUUUUCUCGUCGCCAGGCGUCGUUACUGCGCACACGGGAUCGGUCGGUGCUAGCAUCCUUGUGUGGAUUGCAAGCGGUGCGCUGACACUCACCGGAGCGAGCUCCUUUGCCGAGCUCGCGACUGCCAUUCCUCUUAACGGCGGCGCACAAGCCUACCUUCAGGUGCCCAUCGUCGCGAUGAAGCCGAGCUCGGGCGCGAUUAUUGCGACGAUUCUCGGCGAGUACGCGACGCGUGUCAUUCUUCACAUUUUAAACGAUGGCGCAUCGGAUGAUUACCACAAAUUCAGCUCGUCCGAGCUGCCCCAGAUUGGUGUAAAAGGCAUUGCUUCGGCGGCCGUUCUUUUUGUGGUGCUCGUCCAAUGCAUCAGUCCCAGGCUGGGCACACACGUCCAAAACACGGUCACGGCCAUCAAGCUGAUUCUGCUGGCUAGUAUUCCCAUCAUUGCCGUUGUACAGGUGGCACGCGGAAAGAUGCCGGCCGUGUCCAAAGAGGCGUUCCGCUCCCUCUCUUUGCUAUUCCGCGGCUCUUCGAUCCAGCCCAGCAGCUACGCUCUGGCAUUGUACAGCGGUUUGUGGGCCUAUGAUGGCUGGGACCAGGUGUCGUUUGUGGCCGGUGAAAUGAAAAACCCCAAGCGCGAUGUACCGCGCGCGAUUCACAGCAGCACAAUGAUUGUAUCACUAGCGUUUGUGGCCGUGGUCAUCUCCUACUUUACUGUGCUCCCUCCCCCAAUGGUCGCACGCACAAACUCGGUCGCGCUCGACUUUGGCUCGACUGCGUUUGGGCUCGUGGGUGGCAUUCUUUUUUCGGCCAUGGUCGCCUUUUCGUGUCUUGGUGCGCUCAACGGCCACUUGUUCACCUAUGCGCGGCUUACCAUGGCCGCUGGUCAAGAGUCGUUUUUACCAAAAGCGAUUGGUACGACCAAUACGCGGCUGCGUACACCUGUCAAUGCAACGCUUCUCAGCGCUCUGCUCGUCCUCUUUUUUGUGUUGUUUGGUUCGGGCUUUGCGAGCUUGGUCAACUUUUGCGGUGUCUGUGCCUGGUUCUGGUACGGUACGACGGUCGCGGGCCUCUUGUACUUGCGCAUCAAGGAGCCAAAUUUGAACCGGCCGUAUCAGACCUGGCUCAUCACCCCCAUUGCCUUUACGGCCAUGGCACUCUUUCUGCUCGUGAUGCCCAUCUUUGCGGCGCCGAUGGAAGCGCUUGCGGCGCUGCUCUUUAUCGUUGCGGGAGUUCCUUUGUACUAUGGCUCACAACACGGAGCCCCUGAAUUUCUCCAGCGCUUCCUCCCCGGCGAAUCGCACGGCUUUUCUGCUUUGCCGACCGAUGUCGAGGAGGUCGAGCUCGAGGGUUCGUCGCGCAACGCGCACUAA